ACUUGAACCAUUUUGAACGUGGACGGUACUUUUUAGAAUGACAGACUAUUUCAAUUUGCUUCCCUCUGAAAUAUCAGGACUUGUCCUCGGAUUUUUGCGAGAUAGCAAUUGCGUUAUCGCUGCUGGUGCUUUCCUUCGAGAAAACGUCCACUUAUCUGAAUUUCGUUAUCACUAUGCAUCAGUGAAUGAGAUACCUUUGUAUUUCAGAGAAUUAACUUUGCUGGAUAUUAUUCAUGAUUAUAUUCAUAUUGUGAAUGAAGGUAAGCCAACGUUUUGUGUGGUCGACAAUGAUGGUGUUUAUUCAUUAACUUGAAUUCUAAUUAAUGUAGGGUAAGAGGUGUGACAGCUCUAAGGUUGUCAUAACCCAACAGAUUUCAGACAAAGUGUGUCAGCCUGUAUAUUCGUUCAUGCCACCUUUUUUCUGGUUAUUUUGACAGGUGGAUUAAAAUCGUAAGUAUUCUCUUGUUAAAGUUGUCGGAAGGUCCUACUGCUGCUCUAAUAUUACCUUUUUUAAUUACAAUGUUUCUUAGCAUAAAAAAUAAGUCCGAAAAGGCAGUGGCACGUGUAAUAAUUACUCCACCAGCCUGCAAGUUGAGUGCUAAUUUGAGCUUUGUAGAGAAAUGAAUGCAGAUUUGAGUUGAGGCAAACACUGUAGUCGUGAUUAUUCUUGAGUACAUUUGAUGCCCCUGAGUUCGGCCAGAGUUAUUUACAUUAAACUACUGAUGAGGACUGCAAGUAAUACCUUAGCCAAUAAAGCCAAUAAGGUGCCGCCUUACUGUUCUCUAGUAUAUUGACGCUGUAGCGGGUUUUACUACACCAGAACUUAAGCUUCUCUGAACAGUCAUUUACGUUACUGGGUUUCCAUAACUCUCUAACUUCUCUGGCUACUCAAGUAGUGUUUCAGGAUAUGAACUACAUUUUGUGCAAUUAGUAAAAAUGCUAGUUAAAUUUACUAGCCUAUAUCUCUUUCUUCGGUUUAAAUUAGCUAUUUAAUAGAUCGGAUCCGAGUGCCAUAAUUAUUGUAUCAUGUUAUUAAAAUGAAGAUUUGUAUACUGAGAUAUCUAGGAGUUCUACCUUAAUUUAAUCAAAGAAAAUAUUCUGUGAUUAGUGUAUAAAAUCUGGUUAAAUAGAGUAUUUUCGUGAAUAAGUAACAUCAUUAGGCUUUGUUUAUUCGUAUAAAAGGGAUCAUUCAUAUCCAUCCAAUCUUUUUUUAACCAACAGAUAUUGUCGUUCACCCCCUCAAUACAUAUGUAGUUCAGAAUGUAACAAACUAGCCUUUGUGGUACACAUUUACGUAAAAUCAGUUUACUCUCUAAUGAAAACAUCAAUGUAUUUUACUUCUCACAUGCAUAUUGCACCUUAUGUUUCAGUCAUCCCUCAUUUAAAAAAGGCCAAUCUUCCAUGGCAACUGGGGAAUCUAAAUGCUUCCAUAGCACAAUUUUUGCAGUCAUUUCCUGAAACUUGUUCAUCAAAUUUACGACCGAAAUCAUUUCGUCCUAUUCAUCCUGUUUGGAUGCCCUUAGGAAAAUCCUAUGUACCGCCUAAAAUAAUACCUGCUGAUAAAUCCACUACAGUUCGACCUCCGCUUGCUACCGUGAAACCAAAUGUAACAAUAGCUUCAUUACCUAAUAUAAUAAGUUCGAAUUCAACCAGUGGGAUAGGUGCUGGUACUGUAUGUUCACUAGACAAUAAUUCAACUGGUUCAAGAGCCAGUCGACCAGUGUUACGAAUAUACAGACAACCAUCAGCAGCUAACAAAACAAAUGUAUUCAAUUUUGAUCUAUGUAGCAGUAGCUUGCCAAAUCCCUCAUCUCAUCAAGCAUCACAGUCUAACAUAGUUGCGUCAAAAUCUAAUGCUAAUCCUAUGCAAUCUAUGGUUCGCUUACAAAACAAAACAAAACGUGUAUCAGAGACAUUACCUACUACUACUACUGUUACUAGUAACGGUAAUAGUGAUGUUCUAUCCCUUUCAACAUCUUGUAAUUCUGUGAUAUUUCAUCAAUCGCCUAUAUCUAUAACAACAUCAUCAGAAGGAACGAUGAAUGAUGCCACUGUUCAAUCUAUAGGUGUGAUCAACCAAAACGAAAAUAUUACUUCACAACAAAUAUGUCUUAAUGCUCAGUCAAAUGAUAUAAGCGAUCAUCAACAGAUUUCUGAUAAUAGUUCCAUAUUUUCGGUGUUUUCAUUGCUACCGCCGCCGGCAUCAUCAGAGACGUUAGUUACAGAUAUGGUGAUUUAUCCUGUAAUAACAUGUGAAGAUAAUCUGAAUGAUGCAAAAAGUAAUGAUCUUGUUUCAACUAGGCGAAAACGAAACCAACCACCACGUCAGUUAUCACCUGGAUCUGGCGUCGGAAGUACAAUAUUUAGUUUAACUAACAGUUAUGAAGAAGAAUUAGAUAUGGAGCGUUUCUUAUCUGCAUUGUUUAAUAAUGCUGAACAAGUAGCUACACGCAUUAAUGCUGAAGUUGGCAUUUUAACACGUAAUCCAUUAUCAUAUAGUGAUAAUGAUAAUCGUUGUAAUUGGCCUGAAACUACUGAUACUUAUGAGAUUGUUUCUAUUCAUCCAUCUAAUAAUAAUGACAAUAAUAAAAUAGUGAAUUGUUCAUUGGAUAAUAGUCAAUCUCAACCACUCACAACAAAUAUUUCUUCAUCAUCAUCAUUAUCAUCUACCGGUGUAAAAUUAUCCACAUCAUUUGUUUGUCAAGAUUUUAAUUCAGAUACUUCAGAUAAUAUGCAAUUAUGGAGUGAUUGGUUUGGUAUAAAAGGUGAUUUAGACACAUGUAUUGAUCAUUUGUUAUCAGAUCUUGAAUCUAUCGACGUUUUCACGUCCACAGUCAAUACCACAACUGUCACUAAUACUACUUCAACUGUGAGUUCUACGAUUCCCAACCAAAAUGUUAAUAAUACAACAAUAAUUGAAACACUAAUCGAUAUUGAUCAAUGUUCGCAUCAAUCGUCUGUUGUAACAACAUCAUCAAAUGAUAUUAUUACCUCAGGUCCUAGCAAUGUAUCUCACGAAUUGAUAUCGUCUCCUUCAUCAUCAUUAUCAGACUGUGUUAUUAAUGUCACCGUCAAUGAUAAAACAUUAGCAAUGUCUAUUACUUCAGCGACAAUAACGAGUACUUCUGACUUAUUUCAUCCUAAUUCACCAAUAUUAUCUACACUAUUAUGUGACAAUACUGGGAACAAUAGUAGCAAUGAUGAUGUUAAUAAUAAUAAUGAUAAUAAUGAGUCACUUAUUAUUCCUAGCAUACCUGAUACUAACUUGAUGAUGAAGACUCCUAUAAUUUCUACUCCUGUUACAAUUACUACUUCUACGGUUACUAAUCAACAUCUUGUUCAUAAUGUCUGUAAGCGAUUGAUUACAUCAUUACCGUCAUCAUCUUCAUCACCAUUUUGUUUCAGUCAGUUGGUUAAUAAUAAUUCACAAAAUUUUCCAAGUAAACGUCAAUGUCUACGUCAUUCUGAUAAUGUAAAUAAUAUUAAUAAUAGUACUAUGAGUAUUAAUACUAAUAAUAAUUUACCACCAAUUUUAAUUACACCGGAUUCAAAGAAAAAUCAUGUCAAUGAACAUAAUGAUAAAUUAUUCUAUGAAAAUUUGCCAAGCUGUAAAUUGUUUAAAGGAAAUACUAAUAAAGAUUCAUUUCAACAUCAUUCAAAUGAUCAUCAUCUUCAGUCCACUUAUCUAUUAUCAUCACCUUCUUGUUAUUAUUCUAUUCCACAGAAUUCAAAUGCUCAAACUGUAAUUAGUAGUGCUACGAAUACAUGUAUGACAGCUUAUCUAUUAAAUAAUCCUUUAUCAAUUAUUGAUUUACGUCAAAUUGCACAGAAUAAUAAUAAUAAUAAUAAUAAUACUGGUAUAACUAUCACUAAUGAGAAUAAUUACAAUAAUCCAAUCACUUUUUAUACAACAAACAACAAUCAUAAAUUAUUAUCACCAACAAUUGAGAAUCAUGUUAAUUAUGUAGAUUUAAAUAAUAAUUCCUUGAUAAAUUUGAUACCUGUCAGUUAUAAUUCAAAUUUAACACCAUUUAUUAUGAAUAAUACAUUAAUUAAUACAACAUUAUCCACAAUAACAAUGACUACCGACAGCAAUAUGACUUCGAAAGCUUUUGUUAAUCUUCCUUGUAAUACUGUUAGUACAUGUACUACUACUACUACUACUACUAGUAAUAAUAAUAACACAGGAUCGACUACUGAUGUUGUUACUGCUGCAGUUAUCACUACUGGUAUAAGUGGUGAUUAUAUACAAACUAUCAAAGUUGGUGAUAAUAAUAGUAAUAGGUGUUAUUCAAAAAGUUCAUUGUUAAUUGAUGCAAAAGAAAAUCAUCCACCUACACCGGCACUUAUUGUUCAACGUGGUGUACGAAAGAAGAUUUUAAAUUUGCAAUCGUUGGACAUUGAAAAAAUAAUAUCUCAGUCUCACUAAUUAAAACGCAUCACAACUUCUCGAGGGAAUCAAUCUCUCGUAGGCGCAGAUGCCUUCAUAACAACCUUGGAUUUCUUAUUGAAUGUAAAAUCCAAUCAUAUCAAUUAAUCCUACUAAUUCAACAAUAAUGAUAAUGAAUUGCUUUCGUAUGGUUUAUUCAAAGAACAACGCACUCACAUAUAGAUAUUGUCAUCAUAAUAUUAUGUAACAGUAUCAGUAGUAUUUGUGUAAACAUACAGUCUGAUUUGCAUUCCAAAACAUGCAUUUAUUUUUUUAUAUUUAUCAAUUUGUUAUUUCCAAAGUUUUUUUUUUUCAUAUGUAAUUUAUUAUUCUUAUUCGUCUUCUUACUGUUAUUAUUAUUAUUAUUGCAUUAAAGUAUUUAUUAGCGAUUUCUA